AUGGAGAAAAGUAUGUCUGAUUAUUUUGGAGACGAGAAUGAUUACUGGAGCUGUCAGCAUCACAACAGUGGUACUGAUUAUUUGAAAGAAUCAAAUGAGUUCAUUUAUCGAAAAAAGUUGGGUACUGAUGCCGAACACAGCGCCCUCUCUCGAGCGUUUCUUGACGAAGCAUUCUCUGCAAGGUGUCAUCAGCAAUAUGGACACCUCCUUUGCAAGCUUAAAUCAGUUUGGUUCCAUACAGAGCGGGCAGCUCGCCUAGAAUGUUUAUUUUGUUAUGACAAGUUCAGGAAGGAUGCGCUGGACAUUGUUGCAUUCUUUGAGGAGGAGCUCAAAAAGUGCAAGGAUGGGAACCCCACAACGUUCCAAAUAUAUCAACGAUCUUAUUUAUCAACUUUAAUUAGCCUCAUGCCUACAAUCAUUCAUUUAGUCUUAGAGCUGCUUCGAUCUGUACAUGCACUAUGGAAGGAUGAUACUAUGGUAACUUUACCAGAAGUACUUGCAGAAGAAAUUAGGAAACUGAAACUGCAAGACACUGACCUUUCAGAGUUCAAAGAGAAUGACAUAGCGCAUUGGUUACAGCUAAUCCGUGAGAGAGGAUACAACCUCUUAGGUUUAUGUGCGGCAAUUGAGGGACCAUUCUGCGAGCUGUUAGACAGUUCAUCAGUUAGCGAUGCCAUAAUCGAAGACUUGGGUUGCAUGGAAUCCCGGCAUGUUAGCAAGCUAAUCGAUCUUGUCAUCAUUCCUUUGAUGAAGUAUUGCCCUUCUAAGCGAUUGGGAGAAUGGAUUUUGAAGCUCUUACCACCCUUAUUUAUUUACUGCGAGGACAUACUUUGUGGCGCAUGGUUCAAUCUUCUAAAUAAAGGCCGGGCUGGUUAUCCUUACUACUUCGGUUAUCUUCGUGGGUCACAGAGAAGUGCAAAGAAGUUAGAAGAGUGCCUACUGCUUGACUUGACUCGCAAAGUCUCAAAGUUGCUUGGGGUUCUAGCAUCUUCAAAACCAAUUGGCGCUCUUACAUGUGUGGACCUGCAAUCUGUCAGUACGGCGAAGGCUGCUUCAUCGCGUGAUUCGAAGCGCGCGUCAUCUAACUCUGUUAUUGGAUAUACUUUACAUAAUGAUUGUUUUGGAAUGUUAAAUAUGAACCUAUUUGGGUCAUGGGUUGAUGGUGAAGCAACGAGGGACGCCGUUCCCUUUUGUCGUGCUUUGGUCCAAGUUGCAGUUGCUACACAAAACAGUAAACUCAGACGGUUUAUUCUACAUGAUAUGCUCCCAGCUACAAUUAAGCGCCUUUGUACUGAUCUUCCAUGCGCGGUUCAGCGGACAAUCAAAAAGUUAAGUUGCCAGCUGAACUCAAGCAAGAGCCAAAAGGCUAGUAAAGAUCUUUGGAUCCUAUGUCAAGAGAUUUAUGCAGUUCAUAUACAAAAUCAGGAUUUCACCGCCGAGAACCCGGGCAAUGUGAACAGACGAGGCCAGUUUAAAGAUUGGCUUGCAAGGCAAAAGAAAGAACUUUUUGCGAAGGCAUCUUAUGAUAUUCCAGUGGGCUUUCCUUCUGAUUUGUGGAAUUGGGAGUUUGAAGACGAAUUUCAAAGAUACCUCCCUACCUAUAUUGACAUAUUGUAUGAAGUUGAUGCAAUGGAUUGUCCAGAGUAUGGUUGUUCACGCUCUUCUACGCUUCUUGAGAAACUGAGGCCUGAAUUUCGAUUAAAACAUGGUAUUAACAGUUUUCGGGAUCGUCAUAUGUGGACGAUAAAUGAUAUGAUUAAGCGAAAACUACCUGCAGAAUAUUCCAAGAGGCGUUCCCGUCAAAUGGACAAAUGGCUUUGCAAACUCAUUUCCUCGAAACCUUACUUUAAGCACUCUGAUGAACGUCAAAGUGCCAUGACUUGGCUUAUGGAAGACUCGCCGUUAGAUGCAAAUCUUUCUGAGUUGGAUGUGCAAGAUGCGGUUGAUAUCUUUUACAAUACAAUAUUAUUCUACUUGGAACCUCAGUUUCAUCCUCUAAUACGGGAGGGUCAAAAGGACUUCCUUAUAAAGGUAGCUCACCAGUUCGUUUUUGCAGAAGAGACCAAUUCUUGCAAGCCCCUCGAACCAGAAUCACGUGAUUUUCCUGGCCAUCUGCAGCCUUAUGCAAGUUCAUACAUCCAUACAAUGAAGUUACAAUCUAAGUAUUUUACGGCACAAGAACAAUUCCGUCGGCAUCAGGAGUUUGAUCGAUAUUUGGCUUCCGGAGAACUAGAUGAUGAUGUCUAUAAGUUUAGUUCUUCACAGGAUAAGUCUGUUCUGCAAUUUGUUGAAAAAAACAACGUGAAAAGUCGGUUCGGGAACCUGGAUGAUAAGCUCAUUAAAUUGUCUUUGGAGGAUCGAGCUCAGAUUGUGGAUACAAUACGUCAAGUGGAUAUUUAUUCUGAAAACUUGAAAAACAUAACAGCGGAUGACAAGCUGAAGGUGUGCCUUCAAAACUUGGUGCAUGAGCUAAAGGAGGAAGGCUUUUUCAAUGUUGAUAACGAUUCUAUUGACUGGGAGAAGACAUGUUUUGUAUCACUCAUAGACGAAUUUAAGGAACUAGUUUUCAAAGGACAUGGCUGCCCUAGAUAUGUUGCUAUUCAAGGAAUUAUGGAGUAUUGGAUAAUCUCACAAAGAAGCGACAUAAAUGGACAAGUUGCUUUUGAAAAGGUCAUUGAAGGAGUAUGUCAUACAUGGAAGAAAAACAUUGCAGAGCUUUGGAUGGAUACAAGAUACUACGAGGAAUCAUGUUAUGACUUGCUCAGAAAUCCUUUGAAAAAGAUCCUCCCUAAAUAG